AACGCGAUGAAAAGAAUUCUGUUUAGCUAUAAAAGGGAAUGCAACCUUUCCUUUCUUGAACACACUGCCUUCUAAGGAACUCUCUCUCUUUCUCUCUGCUCCCUUCUCUUACACGGUGAAGGUCCUAUUUUCUCUAAUCGGCUAGCUUUAGUUGAACCCUAACUCAAGCCAAAGUUCCUCAAACGGACCCAGAGCUAGCUAGGGAGGAGGAUGGCUAGAGAGAAGAUCAAGAUCAAGAAGAUUGACAACAUCACAGCCAGGCAAGUGACCUUCUCAAAGAGGAGACGAGGGCUUUUUAAGAAAGCUGAAGAGCUUUCUGUUCUUUGCGAUGCUGAGGUUGCUCUCAUCAUUUUCUCUGCUACUGGCAAGCUCUUCGAGUAUUGCAGCUCCAGUACAAAGGAUGUAAUUGCGAGGUAUAAUCUGCAUUCUAAUAACCUGGACAAACUUGAACGACCUUCACUUGAAUUGGAGCUAGAGAAUAGUCAUCGUGCCCAUUUAAACAAGGAGAUUGCUGAAAAGACACAACAACUAAGGCAGAUGAUGGGUGAGAAUCUGCAAGGAUUAGACAUUGAAGAAUUGCAGCAAUUGGAAAAAUUGCUUGAAGCAGGACUUAGCCGUGUGCUUGAAACUAAGGGAGAUAAGAUGAUGAAUGAGAUCUUAAUGCUUGAAAAGAAGGGAGCUCAAUUACUAGAAGAGAAUAAACAGCUAAAAGAGAAGAUGAUGAGAAUUCUGAGCAAGGGAAAAGGGCCGGCGCUUUUGGAAUGGGAUGGGGGGAUCCACCAGGAAGAAGGCAUGUCAUCGGAAUCUGCCACCAACUUCUGCAGCUACCCUACUGGCCCUCCUCUUCCUCUUGCUGAUGAUAGCUACUAUACUUCUCUCAAAUUAGGUCUAGGAUGUUGUAGAAUUAUAGUAUGAAUCUAAAAUACAAUUCAUCCAAGCUAAACUGGAUUAUGGAACUGGUCCUUAAUAGCAAACAUGGAAGCAAGAGCAACAAAUUUUCCUUGAACUUUUCAUUGAAGCGUGCGGCGAUAUAUCUUUUGCUUUCUGUAAACUGUUUUGCGGGCUGCCCUUUUGAAGAUGGUGGGAAGACAAGGUAGAUUUUCCCAAGGAAUAAAGCCAGGUCCUUAUCAUUUGAAGAUAGAUAUGCUUCAAUAUAUAUAUGUAUGUAUGUAUGUAUACAUGAGUUGUCGUGUUAUGAUUGUAGUUGUCUCCUCCUCUACAUUGGGUAUGUUCUGUGUAGGAACUAAAAAGUUGCAGACCUAGCUUGUGUAAUUAUAUUAGAGUUGGGACUUUCAGUUAGGUCCUCAACUAACUGUUACUGGUUCUUCGGCUGAAACCCAGAGUUUCGACCUUAGCUUCUAUUAAUAUAUAUUUUUUAUUGGUUAUUAUUUCUAA